UGGCACGCGGACGUGCUGCUGCUCUGUUCUCUAGUAACUUAAGCUCAGUGCAGUGAUGGUGCAGAAGUGCUGGUGAUAGUGUAGUGACAAGAUCAGUGCCCAGUGUCGCACGUGCUUUGUGCAUCUGCCAGAUACCGUUGUGUUGCGCUUCGGUGCUCCGGUUAAUAACUUCGGAUACGCAGUGACUGUGCUGAGAAGCGAGGAAAGCUUUACCUGUAUCGAUUACGUUCGAAAAUGUAUUGCCAAAAGUGAUAUAAACUGUGAUAAUACAUAAAUGUGAACUUGAAACUUAAAUUACUAGUGAAAUGAUCUCAAACUAAAAUGGAGCGUAAACUAACACGCGAGGACUUUAUGCGGAAGAGUUUUCGAGCUCCUCGGACGUCACCGGCGCCCGAGAACCACGAGCCAGCCGUCAACGGAGCCCCGCCGCCUUCGCCGGUGUCUCUGUCUAUGCUGGAGCGAGCCGCUCAGCCGCCACGGACGCAAUAUGAGAUAACCUCUUCAGGCAUCGCUCCUAAACGCCUAGAGUUUAACAGAGCUCAUCCCAUACACCUAAAAUCUUUCCAAGCGCCUGAACCUCCCGAUGACACAAACACCCCACCUUCCGAUGAUGUGCUACGCACUUUGGAACGACAGAUCGGUGAAAUGGAGCGAGGCUUAGAAAGAGCUCAGAAUGGAACAGUAGCUGUCGACGAAAGAGUGCGCUACGCCGAACACGAAAACCUUCUCCGGACUGGUGUUUCCUCUGUCGGUGGAGGAGGUUACCUAGCUGCUGAUUCCGAUACGGAACAUGAUGUCGUACCUUUCAAUAGAAAUGAAACGACCCGAAGCAGUACUGGAGCUACGGCUCCCACGGUACGACCGGCUCCCAGGCUAGCUAGAACUCAUUCCGAUACACAGCAGCACCAAGUCGCUGCUACUGCCCGUCUCAUGCGAAAACUCGCUGACGGCGGGGUGAAGGAAGAAAAAACUAGAGUCAUCUCCCGAAAAGCUAUCCAAGCGCGCAUGGAAAAGGUCAAGAACUCCGUGGUCGGAACCAAGCAUGAGCAUAGAGUCCUGGCCGAACACAGAGCUGAACCGCCAUCUCCAAGAACCCCGACCUCGCCCGUGUCGCCACGCUCAUCAAUACAGAGCGCAUCGGAGUCGUCCGCGGGCGCUGGCGGGGGCUCGGCGACCGGCAGCGUACGGGUCUCCUCGCGAUCUAGGGCCUCCGAGGAACCGCACAUUGGAAAGUACAAGCUACUCAAGACUAUCGGCAAAGGCAACUUCGCGAAAGUGAAACUCGCCAAGCAUGUGCCCACCGGCAAGGAGGUUGCCAUCAAGAUCAUCGAUAAGACACAGCUUAAUCCUGGCUCGCUGCAGAAACUCUUCAGAGAGGUGCGGAUAAUGAAGAUGCUGGACCACCCGAACAUUGUGAAGCUGUUCCAAGUGAUCGAAACGGAGAAGACUCUCUACUUGGUCAUGGAGUACGCUUCGGGAGGCGAGGUGUUCGACUACCUGGUGUUACACGGGCGCAUGAAGGAGAAGGAGGCGCGCGCCAAGUUCCGGCAGAUCGUGUCCGCCGUGCAGUACUGCCAUCAGAAGCGCAUCAUACACAGGGAUCUCAAGGCGGAAAACCUCCUGCUAGACGGCGAGAUGAACAUCAAGAUAGCCGACUUCGGGUUCUCCAACGAGUUCACGCCGGGCGCCAAGCUCGACACCUUCUGCGGCAGCCCGCCCUACGCCGCGCCUGAACUCUUCCAGGGCAAGAAAUACGACGGCCCAGAAGUAGACGUGUGGUCGCUGGGUGUGAUCCUAUACACGCUCGUGUCGGGCUCCUUGCCGUUCGACGGCUCCACUCUGAGAGAACUGAGGGAAAGAGUGCUCCGUGGGAAGUACAGAAUACCGUUCUACAUGUCAACGGACUGCGAAAACUUGCUAAAGAAGUUCCUCGUCCUGAACCCGGGCAAGCGAGCCUCACUCGAGAGCAUCAUGCGGGACAAGUGGAUGAACACCGGCUACGAGGACGAUGAGCUGCGGCCCUAUGUCGAGCCGCAGCAGGACUACAAGGACCACAAGCGGAUAGAGGCUCUGGUGUGCCUGGGGUACAACCGGCAGGAGAUCGAGUAUUCUCUCGCGGAAGCCAAGUACGAUGACGUGUUCGCCACAUAUCUGCUGCUCGGCAGGAAAAGUACUGACCCGGAGUCGGACGGCAGCCGCUCGGGCUCGUCGCUGUCGCUGCGCAACGCCGCGCCCGCCGGCGCCGCGCCGCCCGCCGCCGCGCAGCACUCGGUCGGCACGACCACUAGCGCCGCCAACAACACAACGUCCACAUCAACGACCACCACAUCCAAUUUCAAAAGACAGAACACAAUCGAUUCGGCGUCCAUCAAAGAGAACACCGUACGGAUCGCUCAAAUGCAGGUGCAGAGCGGCGCGCGGCCCGCGUCCGCGCAGCCCAAGCCCGAGCCGCGCUCGCGCACCAUGACGGCCGGCGCCGCGCGCCGCUCCACGCACGACCAGCCGCCCAAGCUCAGCCCGCCGCCGCCCGCGCCCAGCUCCCUGAACACGCAGUUGAGCACGACGGCCAGCACGGGCGCGGCGGCGACGCGGCGCGACUUCCCCAACCAGCUCGUGUUCCCGCGCAACGUGCCCUCGAGGUCCACCUUCCAUUCGGGCCAGACGCGGUCGCGCGGCGCGUCGGCGGGCGGCGCGUACGGCGACGGCGGCUCGCCGCACCAGGCGCGCCCCUCCUUCUUCUCCAAGCUCUCCUCCCGGUUCUCCAAGCGCCUCUCCGUGUUGGGGGAGUCGACGACUCGCCAGAAACCGCGCAUAUUUUCCUCGCUGGACAUUCAGCGGAGGCCGUUGGAUGCAACCACCCCGAAGCAUGCCGUAGGCGCUAGUCCACAAACCUUGCUUGGACAAGGCAACGACGAGCAGGUGAAGCCGCGAGUUCUGCGCUUCACGUGGAGUAUGAAAACUACGUCCUCGCGGGAUCCUAAUGAGAUUAUGGCGGAAAUUCGCAAGGUUCUAGACGCGAACAACUGCGAUUACGAGCAGCGCGAGCGCUUCCUGCUCCUCUGCGUACAUGGCGACCCUAACGCGGACUCACUGGUCCAAUGGGAGAUCGAAGUUUGCAAGUUGCCUCGCCUCUCGCUCAACGGCGUGCGCUUCAAGCGGAUAUCCGGCACCAGCAUCGGCUUCAAGAACAUUGCGUCCAAGAUCGCGAACGAACUCAAACUGUGACUGCCCGGGAACGCCCCGCGCCGCCGCCGCCGCCGCCGCCCCUCCCCGCCGUCCCCGCGCCGCGAGCGCUCCUCGUCGGACGAGCGCGUGCCGCCGCCGCCGCCGCCGCGCUCCGACUCCCUGCGCCUCUCGGCCGAGGACAUGGUGGUGAUGGCCAACGGGGGCAUGCGGACACCCUCAGGUGCGUUAGCGCAUUUCUUAGCCGCCUACACGCCGGCGGAACUUUCGCUAGCACGCAGCGACUAUCUUCGACCGCCGCUCUCGCCGAAUCCUUCCCAAACGAUCCAACCGAGAUCCUCGCUGUCCUUGAGAGCCGAUAGUGCGGAUUUGGAUGCGGGUCGAGCGACGCUGCGACCGCGAAUGCCGCAUCAGUCGUAUUCGUACAGCGUGCACACGCUGCGACGGCAGCCGCGAGCGGUCUCCCCCCCCUCCCCCCCGUCGCCCCCCUGCGACUGUCUCCCGACCCAUCCCAUCCCCCCGCCGGAGCUCUUCGAUUUUUAAGAGCUGGGGUUUCGAGGGAAGUACAAGUUUCCGUAGGAUUUCUCGCAAAGCGUGCCGUUUCGAUAGAUAAUAAAUGAAUUGCGAAGACGUUGAUUUUUAUUUGUGGACGGUGGGUCGGUUUGUGCCAAGCGACUGGGUGUUCUAGUGAGCGCUCGGGCCGCGACGCCCUUGUAUAAUAUUAUUAAUGUACGUGUCAUGGACUUUUACUUAUUUUUUAUUUGUUUAUAAUCUAGCGGCGGUCCGGCCGACGUUGUUGUAUAAUGUAUACUGAUUGUAUUUCUAACGUUUUUAAUUUAUCGAGGGCAUGUUUUUUAUCGUUUGUAUGAAAUUUGUUUUUAAAAGACAUAAUUUAUGGGUCGUAUUUUGGAGCCGGACGGGCCGCCGGUGCUUUCAUUAUAUUGAUUAUGUUACGUGUUGUAUAAUGUACAAAGUGAGUGUCAGCUCAACAGGUAAACUUAGCUUAGCGUUAAUUAUAUUUUUUCCAAUAAUGACAAAAUAAAUAUACAAAAUGUGACUGUCGAGCGAUGUAUCGGUGUCGGUGACUCAUUGUAUAGCCAGGUUCGAAUUGACACUUGAUCGCUCGUGUCCGAGGGAGCGAGAGGUCAGCAGAGCACGGUCGCGUUGUCUCUUUCUAAUUAUAAGGCUGAAUUAGAAAGUGUCAAACUAAUGUUCUAUUGUGAGUGCUACCAACUCUUGAUUCCAUUCUAAAUGUGUAUUUCAAGAUUUGUAAAGCACCUGAUUAGGUCAAAUAAAUUUUCAAAACACUAUGUCUAAAUAUUUGUACCUGCUUUAUGCCAAUAAUAUUGACUAGUAGGCUACAAGUGGAUAAGCACCCUGCUAUUGACCACUCUAAUUUGAAAAAUCGUUCUCCCCUCGGGCCGACAAGGACGCAGCUAUACGUCAGAUAGAGACACCUUUAUAUGUUUAUCUUUUUCUAACGUAUAACCGCGUCUCAAGUUUUGAGUAGCAGGUAUUACACGCUCGCUCUUUACGCAUCUAUAGGUUAUCACACUGAAAUUGUUAGAUGUGUAUUAUUCGUCAUUGUGAUCAAAGUAUUAAGGACUUUGUAGUUAUAGCAAUAAUGUUCAUUAUUGAUCGUUGAAAGUGUCAAAUAUUAUUUCCUUCUUCGUAUAAAUAAUAAUAUGUUUUGUAUGUUCAUCGAGUGGACAACCUUAAGAAAAUUGUUAUGUUUAUUCAACUAUUUAGGGGUAAACAUUAUUUGUAAGUAAUGUCAAGGACUUAAAAAUACUGAUCAUGCAAAAUAAACUAGAGUGAAGUUAGCUGCAAUUUUAAGAUUGACAAAAUUAGUUCAAUAUCUAGGGUUGGUCUCUCGAUGCAUACAACAUUUCUUUUUGUAAUUAACAGUUUUUUUGUGAUUUGGUGUGAAGCUUUCAUUUUUUCUAUGUACUUGUGUGUGAUGUUUCGCAUACUUACUAGUUAAUAAUUAAGGUAGGUAUGGAUGUAUAGAGCGUGAGGCGAUCGCGUAUUUUCUAUUAUUAUCUAAUUAAGUGUAGUAUUAUACUUUUACAAGAAAUCACAAAUUAUGACGUUUCAAUGUUAAACUGUCAUCCUGCAUCUCGAAAUUCACUGAAAUAUAAGGACCGACAACGCUCGCUUUAAACUCUGUAUAAAUAAGCAAUUUGUAACUUUAUUUCUUAUAUUUUAAGGUGCAUAUUCGUCUGAUGAACAACCUUACUAUUCAUUCGAAAAUUCGGCUGUGAGGAAGGUAUCCCUUGUCAAUAAUUCGAAUAAUUAGCCCUUUUGUUUGACCAGUCUGAUCCUUAGCUUAAAUCUUUUCCUAUUUCAAUGUGUUGGAGCCAGUGAUCAAAUGUUCAGUAUGUCUUGAGAAAAUGGCGAAUAUACGAGGAAACAUGACCUCAUUAUGUGUUAAAAGUAUAAAGCGAUUCGAUGUUAGGCGCCUUGCUCUUCUUAUUUGCGUGACACGACAAAAACAAAGCUAUAUCUAACAAAUUCUAGAUAAAUUGGCUACUUGACUGUUUUUUGUAAAUAAUGUCUAUAUAGGACUCAUGGCAUUUAAGCAACACAAAGGUCAGAAAUUAGAGUUAAAGUCUGACGCUCGCAGUCGACGAUUGAAACGCCUCUAACAAAAUGAUAAGGUGAUGUGACGUCACAUCAUAUAAGUCUGUCCUAAAUGUAUGUAAGAUCAAGGAAAUUGCCAUUUUGACCCUGAAAUAUUGCGUUUAUGUGUAUAGUUGUCAUACAAUUUAUUUUUCAAUAAAAUGUAAGGAAUCGAAUGGUACCAUUUUCUUUUCUAUUUUUGAAAGACAAAAAAAAUUUUUUUUUGAGACUUCUGAGCCUUGUAUUUUUUUAUUAUCUAAAUAAAAAAAAAUUAAAUUCCACUUUUUUUAUAAUGGAUGGCUCAUUUUCUAUCCAUUUAACUAAAUUUUGUUAUAAUAUUCAACAUGUGUCAAGUACCCAAUUGCAAAAUUCCGUAAAAUCACCAAUAUGUAUAGUCGCCAUCAGAUAUAUCGGAGCGGCCAAGGUGCGCAAAAAUAUCUGCACAGGCACUUUAACGUCUUGAUAAUACAGGCCUUGUUUAGAUAUUAGUGAACACCUUGGCCGCGUCGAUAUAUCUGAUGGCGACUGUACAGGUACAAAAGCUGGUAUGACUAUGAAUUUAUAGAAUAAAAAGUUUUGUCAAAAUUACACUUAAGUAAACGAUAAUCUUUUAAUUCAUUAUAUUACCCCUUACCAGCUUUCUGGAUUUAUUCUACAGCUACCGGCACAGACUUUAAUUGUUGACCCGUUUACGGUUCAAGAUAAUUUGGUUAUCAAUAUUAACACGCGACAUUUCCAAUGUAAAAUAAACCCUAAAUGGAUUAACAAUUAAAGUCCGUGACUGUACUUGGUGAGACGUAAAAUUGAUUUGACAGGAUCUUUAUUGCAUUAAGAUAAGGUUUACAUAUGACCAGAUCUUCUGAACAUCACACUUAUCGUGUGCGGGACGUGUCAUGGUGAACCUUGUCGGAAUGCACGAAGGAUGAUAUUGGGUUGUAGCCGCACGUGUCAGUUGACGUCUUUGGCGGUCUACCCACCCCACGCUAGCGUCGGCGUCUAGUCAACGCUAUGGAAAAUAGCGUCGCUGCGCAGUUGCGUCAACGUCGCCAGAGUCGACUAGCCGCCGACGCUCGGGAGACGCUAGUGGAGGUGACACAAUAAGUGUGUUGGUAUUAGUAUGAUAGUGACUUUGUACUCGUAAUUCUGUUGUCACGCGAACUGGAGAGUCGCUUCGAUAGCACGAUAAGAACUGGGUACAUAAUAUACAUACAGUAGUUAUAUAUUUAUAUAUAUGAGCUUUGUUUUACGGUAUAACUUAGAGUAGUGUCGACCAUUGGCCGAGUUGACGAGUGGUGCGGCGUUUUGUGAGAUAUUCAAGUGGAAAUAAAUUUUAUUUUUAAUUCCA